AUGAACACGCGGCGCUUCCAGACGGCAGCGAACUCCAGCAAGAACCCCACGUCUUCCCCACCAUUACCACGUCAACAAGCCGAGAACCCGUCGCUCCCGUCCUUCAGCCUCAUCAAGCAACUCCAGACCGCGAAACCAGCAGUGCGCUAUACUGUUUAUGCCGGCCUUGGUCUGAUGGCUACCGUUGAGACGACUUUCUGGUUCCAUGUUCUGCGAGCAAAGUUCUUCUCGCGUGCUUCGAGAGAGGAACAGGAUAAGGCCGAUGCACUCCUGGAUCGCUUGAGGGAUGCGAUGAGAGGCUAUCAUAGUGUGUGGAUGGCGAAUUACGGUAGGUACUACGCCGCGCAUGUCUGGGGAUUGGGGUAUGGAGGACUCAAUGGGCUGAACUGUGAUGAGAAAUGA